AUGGCCGCUGAAGAAACACCAGCUCAGAUGGAAGCAAGGCUUCGUGCUGAGAUCACUGCUCAAGUUGCUGCCCAGACUGAAAGAGAUAGGCAACUUCGAGAAGAGCAGGAGGCUCAAAGGUCCUUGAGGGACAUCACUGCACCUCGUGUGGACUACAACUUUGAGGGGAGCAUUGUUGUACCUCAAGAUGCCCCUCCAGACUUCCAGAUCCCACCACACUUCAUCACUUUGGUCAGUCAACACCAGUUUGGUGGGAGUGCAAAUGAAGAUGUUCAUGGACACUUGGAGCGCUUUACCAGACAUUGCUCCACACUGAGAAGGAAUGUCAACCUGGACACCAUCAGGUUAAUGUUGUUUCCUUUUUCUCUCAGGGAUGUUGCUGAAGAAUGGUUGAGAACACAACCAUUGAGGAGUAUUACUUCUUGGGAUGAUUUAGCUGAGAAAUUCACAACUAAGUUCUUCCCCUACAACCGCAUAAGGAAGUUGAAGCAAGAGAUCAAUUCCUUCAUCCAGCUGGACUCUGAGAAUCUCUAUGAGACAUGGGAGAGGUUCAAAAGACUCUUGAUGAAAUGCCCAGGCCACAACAUCUCCACUGCUGACCAAGUGGAGAAAUUCUAUGCAGCUCUCAAUGACUACACCAGAGACAAGUUGGACACAGCUGCAAGCGGAGCCUUUGAUGCUCUACCAACCCAACCAGCACUUGACAUCAUAAACAAUUUGGCUGCUAGAGCUGCACAUUCAAACAAUGAUAGGCAGAACCGGAAGGGAGUUUAUGAGGUUGAGACUCUUGAUGCAGUUCUUGCAUCCAACAAAAAGCUUGCACAAAAGGUGGAUGCCAUGGUGAAGAGGCUCGAAUUUGGGCAAAGAAAUGCUGAGGAUGCUGAAUUUGAUGAAGAGGUUAAGGCCAUGGGGAAUUAUCAAAAUGAUCCCUACUCCAACACUUAUAAUCCAGGUUUGAGAAAUCAUCCUAACUUCUCCUGGAGGGACCAAAACAACUCAGGAGAAGCUAGUGGUUCAAAGCAAUUUCCAAAUCAGAGGCAAUACCAGCUGAAUCAAAGGCCUCCACCACCUCAAAAUCAGGGGAAUGGUAAGAAGAGUUCGGAGGAGAUUGUCACUGAUUUGGCCCUUACUAAUCAGAGUUUCAUGAAUGAGACCAGGGGUUUCAUGAAUGAAACUAGAACCAGCUUCAAGAAUCAUGAGUCCUCCAUAAAAAAUUUGGAGACUCAAGUUGGCCAAAUUGCCAAGGCCAUUGCUGAAAGGUUCCCAGGUACGUUUCCUAGUGACACUCUUAUUAAUCCUAAAGACUCUAAAUCUGAAAAUUGUUCUGCUGUCACUCUUAGGAGUGGUAAAACUUUGAAUGAAAUUGAGGAGUUAGUUGAAAAGAAGAGUGUUGAACUUGAGAAAGUGGUUGAGAAAGAAAAAGAGGGAACAAAAGUGAGGAAGUAG